CUACUAUUCAUUUAUUUCGCUAGUAUUUUGCAACUGUCUCACUAUGGUGAAUGCUAACGAUUUUUUGGCAUUAUGGAAGGAAAGCCUUCAAAAUGUGUCGGAUUUGCAAGUGCCUACAGAUUAUCCAAGACCAAUGCCUGUCCGUACAGUAGAAGAUGUUCAAGCUUUUAACCUCACAGAACAGACCUUAAUGGGUCUGGCACAAUUCUCUAUGAGUGCCCUGCGUCCUACUCCAUUUUCAAUUAUUCUUGCUGCAUUUUCUGUCCUUCUUCAACGUUAUACUGGUGAUGAAGAUUUUGCUAUUGGUACAUCCUCCCCAACGGGCAAUCCACUUCUAUUAAGAUUUCAAGUCAAUCCAGAAAGUACAUUAAGUAGUAUUAUUGAAAUGGUGACAAAGGUUGAACAAGAAGCCCUCAGUAAAGAAGUGCCAUAUGAGGAUUUGGUGGAAGCUAUAUACAAGAACACUGAUCCUGACAGCAGAAGGCCCCUCUGUCGUGUUAGAUUUUUCAAUGAAAUUGAUACUCCAUCAGAGCAAUAUUUGGCAAACAGUUCAGCAACCUCUGAUCUUACGGUUUUUGUCACUUCACCAGCACAGCAACAGACAUCAUCCCUUCGCACUACUUCCUUUUUCCGCCCUGUGUCCAUUCGUAUUAUAUACAACCAACUUUUAUUCUCCCAGAAACGCAUAGACUACAUCUUCUCACAGCUAUCCAUGUUGAUCGAAGCGGCUGCCAAAAAUCCCGAGUUGGCUGUUGGAAGAAUCCCGUUAUCUGAUUCUGGUGUAGCAGAAUCUCCACUUCCUGACCCCACCUCUGACUUGCAUUGGUCUCAAUGGAGAGGCGCCAUUACAGAUAUCUUUACUGCUAAUUCCAGAAAGCACCCUGAACGUGCUUGUAUCAUUGAAUCGCUGGAAAAUACUGAAAAGACAAUCAUUUACAAUUAUGAACAGAUUAGCAAGGCUUCAAAUAUGGUAGCACACUAUCUUGUGGAUAAUGGAAUUCAAAGAGAGGAUGUCGUCAUGAUUUAUGCCUACAGAGGUGUCGACCUUGUCAUUGCUAUUAUGGGUGUUCUUCAAGCUGGAGCAACAUUUAGUGUCAUUGAUCCUGCUUACCCACCUGCACGUCAAGAGAUUUAUCUUUCGGUUGCCAAGCCUCGUGGUUUGAUCGUUUUGAAAGAGGCCGGAAACAUUGCAGACUCUGUCAGGAAGUAUAUAAGAGAGGAGCAAAAUAUUAUUUGCGAAAUACCCGAUCUGAAAAUCAGUAGAGAAGGCUAUUUGAGAGGAGGUGCAGCGAACAAUAGCGAUGAAACGGCUGAUAUUUUGGAUAGUGUACGGGAGAAGGCAUCACAGACGACAGGUAUUGUUAUUGGUCCUGAUAGUAUCGGUACACUAAGUUUUACAAGUGGAAGUACGGGUAUUCCUAAGGGUGUGCGUGGCAGACACUUCUCUCUGACCCACUUUUAUCCUUGGAUGGCUGAGACAUUUGGCAUUUCAAGCAAAGACAAGUUCACUAUGUUAUCGGGUAUUGCCCACGAUCCUAUUCAACGUGAUAUCUUCACUCCUCUCUUCUUGGGAGCCGAGUUACACAUUCCUACAUCGGAAGACAUUGGUAUUCCUGGUCAACUCGCCCAAUGGAUGAAUCGAUCGCAAGUGACUGUCACUCAUCUCACGCCUGCUAUGGGUCAACUUCUUUCUUCCCAUGCGCAAGUAGAAAUCCCCACUUUGACCAAUGCAUUCUUUGUCGGCGACAUCUUAACCAAGCGCGAUGCUGCACGCAUUCAAAAGUAUGCGCCCAACGUGUCUGUGAUCAAUAUGUAUGGUACAACCGAAACGCAACGCUCUGUAUCGCAUUUUGUUGUCCCUCCCCGCUCCACCCAUCCUGCAUUUUUGAGCUCUCAAAAGGAAGUCAUUGCUGCUGGUAAGGGUAUGGUCAACGUGCAACUUUUGGUCGUCAACCGUCAUGACCGUACCAAGAUGUGCGGCGUAGGAGAAAUUGGUGAGAUUUACGUUCGUGCUCCUGGCCUUGCCGAGGGCUACCUUCAAUUACCGGAAGCCACUGCCGAAAAGUUCAUUCCCAAUUGGUUUGUUCCCCAUCCUUGCCAAGAUGACGGUGUCAAUGAAUCCACGGUGGAGGGAGAUGAUGCAUGGAAGCAGUAUUAUUUGGGCAAGCGUGAUCGUAUGUACCGCUCCGGUGAUUUGGGCCGUUAUCGUCCUGAUGGUAACGUCGAGUGUACUGGUAGAGCCGAUGAUCAAGUCAAGAUCCGUGGGUUCCGUAUUGAGCUGGGUGAAAUUGAUACUCAUUUAUCUCAACAUCCUUUCGUCCGAGAGAACGUUACUUUGGUCCGUCGUGAUAAGAAUGAAGAACAGACACUGGUCGCCUAUUUUGUUCCCAACUUGACAGAAGCCAAUGCGAGCGAUUUUGCAAGCGGCACGGAGAAUGACGAAGACGACCAAGAUCACAAUGAACAUGAUAUCCGGUCUCAUCACCGCUUCCGAAGACUGAUCAAGAACAUUCGUGAUUAUUUGAAACAAAAGCUACCUACGUAUGCUAUCCCAUCUGUUUUUGUUCCUCUCGUUCGUAUGCCUCUGACGCCCAAUGGUAAGGUCGAUAAGAAUGCUUUGCCUUUCCCUGAUACUGCUCAAUUCAACAAAAAUGCCUCCGCAGCGGAUGAAAACAAGGCGGACGUGAAGCUACCUGCCAUGAGCCCUAAUGAAACGAUCAUACAUACUAUUUGGAAGCAUCUUCUUCCUGCUUCUGACCCCGUCAUUGGCCUCACGGAAAAUUUCUUUGAUAUCGGUGGUCAUUCAUUGAUUGCGACCCGUUUGAUUUUCGAGAUUCGUCAACAGUUCCAAGUAGAUGCUCCUUUGAACCUUGUCUUUGCCGAACCCACCAUUGCGGGUCUUGCUCGUGAAGUCACUCGAUUGCAAAAAGGUGAUUUGCUUUUUGAGCAUCAAUCCAUAGAACAAAUAGACGCAUCGGAUAAAAAGAAAGACAUUGUCGACUAUGCUGCUGAUGUUCAGUCUUUGGUGGACGAAUAUCUUUGUGAAUCCUAUCCACCCUUGGAUGCACGACCUUCGGAGGGGCGUACCUUUAUCCUCACCGGUGGCACUGGCUUUUUGGGAGCUUUUAUCCUCAGCAGGUUGCUUCAUUACCCGGGCACAAAGAAGGUCAUUUGCAUUGUCCGUGCGAAAGAUAAUGAAACGGCAUUCCACCGUGUGAAACAAGCUGCCAUCAAUCACUUGGUUUGGAAAGAGGAGGAUGAGCAUCGAAUGGAAGCCCUUUGCGGUGAUUUAUCCAGUGAUCAUCUCGGUCUAUCCGAAGCCGAUUGGAAGCGCUGUGCUUCCGAAGCCGAUGCUGUGGUUCAUAAUGGUGCUCUCGUUCAUUGGGUAUACCCUUACCAGCAAUUACGUGCACCUAAUGUCAUCGGUACGCUCUGGGCUAUUCGUUUGGCCUCCGAACAACGUCAGAAAUCGUUCCAUUUUGUUUCCUCUACCUCUGUUCUGGACACGGCGGCAUUUGUGGAUUCAGGCGCCACUGUUUUCGAAAAUAACAACUUGGAAGUAAGCCGUACAGGAUUAGAAAAUGGUUAUGGUCAAAGUAAAUGGGUAGCAGAGAAGAUCAUCAUGGAAGCCAGACGCCGUGGUCUACCGGCCACGAUCAUCCGUCCUGGUUAUAUUCUAGGCGAUUCCCAUAGCGGUGUGACGAACACAGAUGAUUUCAUCUGGCGUUUAGUGAAGGGAUGUGUGGAGUUGGGUUAUGUACCUGCCAUUACCAACGACGUCAACUGCUGCUCUGUAGAUUACGUUGCGUCUGUCGUUGCCGGUGCUGCUUAUCACGAUAAAGAGUCUACUCUUUUGGGCGUUCUUCAAGUGAGCCAUCCUGCUGGCUUUACCUUCAAUCACCUUUUUGCUUCUCUGAUGACUUAUGGUUAUCGUUGUCAACAAACGGAGUACAUUGACUGGAGAGACAAGUUGACAGAAUACACACUCAAAUCUCAAGAUCAUUCGCUUUUCCCACUUCUUCAUUUCGUAUUGGAUGAUUUACCAACCUCUACUAAAAGUGCUCCAUUAGAUGAUACCCAUACUCAACAAGUAUUAGCUUUUGACAACGUCAAGCAACCUCGCAUGGACGACGACCUUUUAGGUCUUUAUUUAGCCUAUCUGGUCAAGGUUGGUUUUAUGCCCACCCCUUCUUCUGGCCACCGGGACUUACCAGAAGUGAACGCACAAGUUACUUUAUUACAACGUAGCGGCGCUCAACAUUAA